UGUUUAUUGACCUUGAGAACAGCGGAUGAUGCAUCAUAUGAUGGAAAGUAGCUGAAAAAGCUGUUUGGAUAGGUAAUAAAACCACUAGACAGAAAGUAACGUGUGAGUUGAAGAUUGUGCUAAGUUGGCAUUAGUCUGUUGCUUUUCUUGUUCCAUUUCUGGGUUAUUUACCUUCCAGAGCAAUGAGAUGUCCAAUGUGCGAUAGAGAAGUCUACUUUGUUGAACGAGUCAGUUCACUUGGUUUAGAUUGGCAUCGACAAUGUUUGAAGUGUGGCAGGUGCAACAAAACACUAACUCCAGGUUCUCACUUUUCACGCGAUGGCAGAAUUUAUUGCAAUGAACCUUGUUACAAGCUGUUAUAUGGACCAAGAGGUUAUGCAGCGGUUCCCAACGUUCCUGACUUCUGAUAAAUCAUAAAUCUGCUGUCCACCCGAUCAAUUGUCGUUCUCAUGAUAAAGACUCUGAAACUACUGUGAACACUACCUGCAAGAUGCCUGUAGUAGACUUCUUAAGUAUUAUUCUUUUUCUCGGUUUUAUGGUUUUCGUAUUUUCAUAAUAAAACCAAUUGUCAGAUGUUGGGUGUUUCGUCUUCAACUCAUCAGAGCUAGUCUCUCAGUCAGAGACAUAUGUAUGGGGGUAGGAAAUUAUUCAAUCGGACUUGGGCUUUCCAUGUGGGCGUGAAGAAGAAGGUAAACGACAAAUUAACAAAUACACUUGUGAAAUGCGCUCCGACAAGUUUACCAUGUAGAUGAGUGGACAUUUGAGAGGACGACACACCUUCUUUACCGUGAACAUGACAAAAUAUCAGAAGAGAGAGUUGUUUCUAUC